GAUUUUGAUUUCAUGAUAAAAUUGCGUUAUUUUUGGUUCACUAUUUCAUGGUUUCUUAUUUAUUAAUGUUUAUCAAACCUAGUAUUAUUAAAGACGCGCUUCAAUAACUUUGUAAAACACUAAUAGAUUAGGCAGUGAGUUAACAUGAUCGUGAAUUUAAAUUACUGGAUAUCACUAUUUUUGUUUUUGCCCCGAUUUGUAACACCCGAAGAUGGCACAAUAUAUGAAUAUAAUCCUGAUAAUUUUAGAGGGCAAAUCGAAGAUAUGGAUGGCAAUUUUAUAAUGUUUUAUGCUCCAUGGUGUCGUCAUUGCACCGAGUUUCAGCCGAUUUGGGUAGAACUAGCCGAACUUAUAAAUACAAAGGAUUCCAAAUUUGCUAUAGCCCAAGUAGAUUGCACACUGCAUCCGAAACUUUGCCAAGAAACUGAUAUUACAGGUUAUCCAACUUUACUGUACUUCCAUAAGAAUUCUUUCUCUCCCGUUGAAUACAAGGGUACCAGAGACUUACCAUCCUUAACUUUGUUCCUUAGUGAAGUGUUUGCUAUGAAAUCUGGGGUCAAGGAGGCAGAUAAAAGCAAUGAAGUGAAGAUAUACAGUGGUAUGGCUUACCUGACAGACCAAAAUAUUGAGAAAUUUGUUUCUAAAGGGCAACAUUUUGUUAUGUUCUAUAUGCCAUGGUGCAAAACAUCACAGCGGUUGGCACCGGUAUGGGCAGAGCUAGCGGUGCAUUACGCUCACAGUGAAUACAUACAGAUAGGCAAAGUAAACUGCCUGGACAAUGAGAUUACUUGCAAGAGCUUUGAUAUCAAACAAUACCCACACCUUUUGUGGAUCUUCAAUGGAAGAAUUAUGGGUGUUUCAGAAGUGGAUACAUUAGAAAAGCUCAAGGCUUAUGUGGAUAGAAUGAUGCUGGCUGAAAAUCACGAUCCUGAUAAGUUUAUGAAGAAAAAGAAAACAUUACCAGUUGCCAGGAUAACUGAGGAGACAUUUGAAACAUUCUUGGAAAAGGAUUUAGUCUUUGUGAACUUUUUUGCACCAUGGUGCGCACACUGUAUGCAACUUAAUCCUUUAUGGUUGAAGCUUGGUGAAAAGUUUCAGAACGAAAGCCGCGUGUUAAUCGCCGACAUCGAUUGCGUAAGGUCGAAAAAUAUUUGUGAAAUGGAAAAGAUAAGUGGGCUACCAACUCUAAUUUUAUAUAAACAUAAAAAAAUUGUCAGCAUAGAAAACGGCAGCAAGCCACUUGAGAAUCUUGUCAACAUGAUCAAAGAGCAUUUAGAUGAGGAAUUGACAAAUGAAAAUGAAAGUAAAUUAAAAGAUGAAGAAAAUAUUUUAACCAAAGACGAAUUAUGAUUGUG